AUGGUCAAACUCCAAAGCGCCUUGAAAUCGUGGAGGCCAAAACUAGACUUUAUUGGACUGCACUAUAUUUGGAUUAUCUUCUGCGCCAUCUUGGGGUUCAUAGUCAUCUAUCCACAUGGCAAUGUUCCCGCCAUAGACGCGCUCUUCUUUGGCGCAAGUGCCUCGACAGAGUCCGGUCUCAACACAAUCGACCUCAAGGAUCUCAAGAUGUACCAACAAAUUUACCUCUAUGUGAUCCCCAUGAUCACAAACCUGGGCUUCAUCAACCCAUUUGUGGUGGCCGUCCGGAUAUAUUGGUUCAGAAAGAAGUUGAGGCAAAUGAGGCCAUCGAUUUCACGACCAGACCCCGAGGCUGUCGUCUUGGCGCUGCGAGGUCACGAAGAUGCCAAGCCAAGGCAGGAGGAGCCAAGGCCCAGAAGCCCUUCACUUAGAGAUGUGGCCGUUGAAGACGACGAAGACGAAGUAAAAAAGACGAGGCUGGAUGGGGAUAAAACAGGCCCAGAAGCACCAGACACGACUUAUUUCAUCCCACCUCCUCGAGAACGUGACAACGGGCAACCAUUUGUGGUUGUGGAUUCGCGCAACGAUGACGAGAUCCGACCCGCACCGGCAGACAAUAUGGACAGCGAAGCAGGAGUCAGACUGCGACGGCCCAUGACUGCCCGCGACGGCCCAGCGUUGACUACGGCUCGAUCUCUUCAGCACGCAGCCAGCUCCGUAUUUGUCCUGGGGCCCAAUAAGGCAGGGCGAAGAAACUCUGUCAGCUCUCGGGCUCCGGCGACUAGCAAUCUUCCCGCACUCUCCCGCCAGGUGACGGUUGGGCGAAACUCCAAGUUUUACAACUUGACGCCGGAGGAUGAGGAGAAGCUUGGAGGCAUAGAGUAUCGUGCUUUGAAGGUGCUGCUCAAGGUUACAGUCGCAUACUUUUUCGGACUACACUUACUUGGUAUUGUUUGCCUUGUUCCGUGGAUUCACAACGCACCGGCCAAGUAUAUCGACUGGCUAGCAGAGAACGGUCUUGACAAGACCUGGUGGGGAUUCUAUUCGGCCCAAACCAUGGUUGACAACCUCGGCUUCACCCUUACACCAGAUUCCAUGGUGACAUUCCGAGACGCGACGUGGCCAAUGCUGAUCAUGACCUUCCUCGCCUUUGCCGGAAACACACUCUACCCAGUCCUGCUGCGUCUGACAAUCUGGAUCAUGAGCAAGGCCGUCCCGGCGCAGUCCUCAACCAAGGAGGCGCUCCAGUUCCUGCUCGACCACCCACGACGCUGCUACACGCUCCUGUUCCCGAGCGGGCCGACGUGGGUUCUGUUCGGCAUCAUCGCGGCGCUGAACCUGAUCGACGUCGUGCUCAUAAUCUCGCUGGACCUCGAAAACCCCGCCGUCAACGACCUGCCCAUGGGUCCGAGGGUGCUGUCGGCGCUGUUCCAGGCCGCCUCGUCGCGGCACACGGGCACCUCGACGCUCAACCUGGCCCUCAUCAACCCGGCCGUGCAGUUCAGCCUGUUGGUCAUGAUGUACAUUGCCAUCCUGCCCAUCGCCAUCAGCAUCCGCGCGUCGAACACGUACGAGGAGAAGAGUUUGGGAAUGUACAAGGACCAGGAGCUGCCGGACGAGAACGACCCGUCGAGUUACGUCGUGAUGCACUUUCGUAACCAGCUCAGCUUUGAUCUCUGGUAUAUUUUCCUAGGGACUUUUUGCAUAUGCGUGGCCGAGUCGCAAAAGAUUGCGGACCCUGCAGAGCCGGCGUUUUCGGUUUUCUCCAUCUUUUUCGAAUGUGUUUCAGCAUAUGGCACCGUCGGUCUUUCCCUCGGCCACCCGUCAGUCUCGGCGUCUCUGUCGAGCCAGUUUGGAAUCUUUGGCAAGCUGGUGAUAUGCGCCGCCAUGAUCCGCGGCCGUCACCGUACCCUCCCGUACGCCAUCGACCGCGCCAUCAUGUUGCCUGGCGAGGGCAGUGAUGACGGGACUGGGCCUCAAGGCGAUGCUGCACUUCGAGCUCCAGUCAGGAGUGGAAAGGAGGCAAAGGAUUGA